CUCAUGCCGUUAUCCUGGCCUGGCUGUUUGGUGAAUCCUCCCUUGUUUCUGGAGCGAGAGGCGGGCCUUUGGGAGGCAGGAAUGCGCUGGAAGUCUUUGCCUGCUCUCCCUCCUCACAUGCUGAAGACUCCCGCUCCUCGACAUGGACAUGUGGCCGCUGGUGCUCCUGUUCGUGCAGCUCUGCCUCUGCUCCGGGUAUGAAGGGUCAGGACAAUACGCCCAUGGAGACGACGAGAACUGGCAUUCUCGUAGAUAUAAAGGGACACCGUGGUGUGCGCCCAUUAAGUUGAAACAUGGAGACGUGAGCUGUCGCGCGCCUAGAGGAGAACACUACAGGAACGUGAUGGGGACUCGCUGUAAAAUCCGCUGCAAGCAGGGAUACGAGUCCCAGAACUCAGAGGUGGUGUGUAUGGCCAACAAACACUGGUCCUCUAACUACGCCUGCCGAGGUAAGAACUGAACACACACACGUCUCAUGCAGCACAU